AUGCUUUAUCAAUUCUUCCUCCAUAUGCCUGAGAUGAAUGGCAUGGAACUACAAAAACAAGUGGAAGAAGAAUUCAAGCUUCCUGUGAUUAUAAUGUCCACAGAUGAAAGUAAGAACGUCAUGUUAAGAAGUUUAGAGGGUGGUGCUGCGUUUUAUAUAGUGAAACCAGUUAACAAAGAUGAUCUCAAGAAUGUGUGGCAUUAUGCAGUUGCAAUCAAAACAGGUAACUCCCUUUCAAUCAAGGAAAUAGAAGGCUUUCAAGAACCAUCAUCUUCUACAUUGGUUGAGAGAUUAUCCCUUGAAGAUGUGAAUUCUGCAACAUCUAUCAAUGAUGAAAAACGUUAUAGAAAAAAUGGAAGAAAGGAAGAAAGGAAGAGAACAAACGAAGAUCAAGAAGUAGAUAGUCAGCCUGCCUCGAAAAAGCGUAAGGUGGUUUGGACUAAUUCACUUCACAACCGGUUUUUGCAGGCCUUAAACCAUAUAGGGCUAGACAAGGCUGUUCCAAAAAGAAUUCUUGAAUGCAUGAGUGUACCAGGGCUGUCAAGAGAAAAUAUUGCCAGUCACUUACAGAAGUAUCGAAUCUUCCUUAAAAAGGUUGCAGAGAGAGGUGGUUGUUCAUCGAAGAACUUGUCAGGACGAGAUGAUCUUAGGACAAACUUUGCACCUGGCCAACCCUUUAUGAUGUUCAAAAAUGUCCAGCAGGAAUAUGCCCAACGAGUAACAAGAGCAUCAAUUCAACCUGGUCUUAGAGGGAACACCAUUCGAGCUCUUGGUGGUUCCAGUUUCAGGAACUUGCAUUCUCCAAACCAACAGGCUCCGAGCAACAACUCCAUACUUCAAUCACCAUACGGGCAGUCUCGUUUAUUUGGCAAUGCUAAUUCUGCUAAUCAGGCAAACCAAAUAAGGUCAGGACUGGAAUCAAACUAUAGUAUUGAAGAAAACAUGCCUUCUCAUGGAGGUGUGAUCCCUAAUGGCCUCACUCAUGGUACAAGUCCAAUGCAAAUGUACCAUCCGCAAAAUCAAGCAAGAUCAUAUCUUCAGAAUUUUGGUAGCCCACCACUAAUUAACAGGUUUGGUGCUGUUGGAAUUCAGGCUACCAACUACGGGUCAGGAGUUGGGGAUAUAGGAAUCAUCAACAAUUCCUUGAACACCAAUAAUAAUUAUGUUGGAAUUCGUGUGACUACCGAUGGACGCCUCAUUGGAUCAGGCCAAAUGCAACUCAAUACGAAUGAACUAUCAAGUGGCUUUAGUGAUGGUGGUCAUCCUUGCUUGAUGAAUUGGGCUCGUAAUGGCAACAUGAACGUUGCAUCUAUAGGGUUUAAUAUAGCGUCAGAAAAUUAUGUGGCUCAUAGGGGAUCUUUUUCUGCUGGUUUUGAGGGUGCAAACCAAUUCUUCCCACCAACACCAUUCACUAGUGUUUAUCAUGGGAAUAGUACUCCAAUGCUGCUGCCACCACCACCACCACAGCUCCAGCUUGGUCUUGGAAAUGGAGGACAAAAUGACUAUGUGUUUGGCCUCAUGAACAACAGCCCUCCUAUCUUCGGUGGGAAUUCUAAUCAACAGCCUCAGAUUGGCCAAGGUGAACUGAAUGCUAGCGACAUGCUUUUGGAACCUACCAACAAUCCACCUGCUUAUCAGCUUCCACAAGGUGUUGCUCAAAUGAGCACUCCCUUGCUUGAACUCCUGACUCCGGACUUCUUGAACUCACUUCACAUUGAUGACAACACUCCUUGGAAUGAACAACCUUCUAGCCAGGCAUGA